CAAUAAUAUGCAAUAAUACUUUACUAUACAUAGAAUAGUUUUUAAUUAAAAAUAAUUUGUGAACACUGUUUCAGUAAACAUUGCGCGUUAUGACCGAAAGUUUCAAGUAUUUUAAUGAUGAAUACCAUUUACAGAAACUUGCCGAUAAGUCUGCGAUGUUUAACCCUGUUUACAAGGAAUUCGAUACUUCAAAGAGGCUCGAUUAGGAAAAUGACUGUAGAAAUCGAUAAGGAAGAGUUAAAAAAACGAUUGACGCCGAUACAGUGGCACGUCACACAGGAAAAAGGGACCGAAAGACCUUUUACCGGUUGCUACAACAAAUUCUAUGAAAAAGGCACGUAUACCUGCAUAAUCUGUGAUCAAGAAUUAUUUUCUUCUGAUACAAAGUAUGACAGUGGCUGUGGUUGGCCUGCGUUCAAUGAAGUAUUGGAUCAGGGACGAGUCAAAUUAACCAAAGAUACCUCACACGAGGUACAGUUAAAACGGAAAUUUUUAUUGAAAAAUUGCAAGCCGAAAAUUGCCGAUGACACAUGUAAAUAAAAUAACGACUCAUUACUAGGCCUGAUUUUCUUUUUCUUUUUUUUUUUUAAUAAUUGAGAUCUCAAAGCAUUUUCAAAAACAUCAUAAAAAGAGUAUUGAAAACAUGCGUAUACAUACUUAAUCUGAUUUGUGUAGGAACCUAUUUUAUAGUUCUAAACUGACAAUAAUACGUUUCUUAUGGGGAUACGUAAAUGCACUUGGAACGAUAACCGAGAUAACGAUGCCAAAACAGUUUAUACUUGUCCACAUUUUAAGGUCUUGUAAUACUAUUUUAUUUUUGCAAUAACAAAAUAAUAACAAUUACUUGAAUUUCGCGAAUAAUACUUAACUUUUAUUACAGUAAGGCAUAUCAAUACAACUUUGUACUUUUGUUUAUUCCAUAAAUAAAUACUGAAUAUUCAAAGUACUUGUAUGCCUAAUUAAGGUUUAUUCAUUUUUCAAAAAUGUGGACAAGUCAACUUUGCACCUUAUUCGACUCGGUUUUGCGAAUAAAAAUAAAUCUUAUAGAUAGCUGCUUGUAGCUGAAAUAUACUUAAUAACUGACGCAGUAAUACAAUGACAUAAAAUGGACGUUAUUUUUUUUUUUUCUAAAGAUAUUUGUGAAAAUGCAGGACCUCGUUCAGUACUUCUGAUCGAGUUAAAUGUCAAUUUUGACCCUGAAUUGCAAGUUUCUUUUACACAAAUGUAUGUUUUUUUUUUUAUUUAUUAAUA